AUGAAGAAAGUGAGUAUGAAAGCACAGCAUCUACCUUCUGUUUCCAUCAAUGAGGAGAAGUUCAUAACCAGAGAGCAGCUCAGUUCUCUUCUGAAGACUUAUAACUCCUACUAUUCUGAUCAAGAAAAUCUGCAACUGUCACAUAAUCAGCAAGAAGGAAUCAAACCAUUUAUUGAAGGAAUCUUGUCAAUAUUUUGGGGAGUCCAACAUCCUAUCAGAUUAAAAAUUCAGGAUGAGAAGCAGAUACCCUCUUUUGUAACCCUGAAGUCAACAGAGAACGUGGAUUUGUUCCCUAAUAGAAGGGGAAUGACACGCUGGGGAGAAUUUGAUGAUCUACAUCAUAUUAGCGGGGAGACAUUGAAAUCUACUGAAGAAAAGGCAAACCUUGAGGAAAGUUAUUCAUGUUACGAAAGCCACACUCUGAAGUCCAAGAGCAAGCAGGAACAUGAUUGUGCUACCCUGCCCAGGGCCAUCAGCAAUGCCGCAGCUGUGCGGAAGAGGACCGAGUUCCCCAUGGUAGCAAGGACAGAAGUAGAAACUCACAGGUUUUCAAUUAAUGGCCACUUCUACAACUAUGAGACAUCAGUUUUUACUCCAGCUUUUGGAUCAGAAACCAAAAUAAGAAUAAACAGCCAGAUGAGAACAAGACAAGUAAUAGAACAAUUGCUUCGGAAGUUUAAGAUAGAAAACAGCCCACAUGAAUUUGCACUUUACAUUAUCCAUGCGUCCGGAGAAAAAAAGCAGCUGAGGAGUGGAGACGUUCCCUUACUGCACAGACUCUUGCAGGGUCCGUCAGAGAAGAUUGCUAAGUUCUUUCUCAUGGACAGGGAUGUGGAAGAGAUAAGCAGUGAUGUUGCUCAGUAUCUUCAAUUUCAUCUUCCCUUUUUGGAGUCAAUUCUGCACAGAAUAAAUGAAGAAGAAGAACAGGAGAUUCAACAGACAAUUGCAAGGUACCUAAAAGAGAAGAGUAUGAUAUGCCGGCACCUUCAUAGUCGAACUGUUAAAAAAACGGAGACUACAGUCUGA